AUGACAGAUACAAACAAUAAUACGUCUAACGGUGAUUUAUCAUCCCUCAGCGAAAAUGAGGGUAUGAUGUACAAAGUGAAGAAUGUCGUUACGAAAUUUUUUCACCCAUCAUUUUUAUUUUCCAGUGCAAGUGAGAAAAGAAAACGGACACCAUCGACGGAAGAUGUACAAGAUGAUAAAAGAGAAGAGGAGAAUCAGGAUAAGAGACGGCCAUAUAGUGUUAGUGGUAACGAUGAGACCGAUAAUCGACAAACAUCAGCUAAUCCAAAAUCCAGUUUAUCACGAUCCAAAAUUAGAACAACUACGAGCUUUCAGCCUAAUACAGUUCGUUUUGCAGAUGAGCAAUUACAACUGACAGAUGACGAAGAUUCAAACGAUGGUAAUCGAUUGCAUACAAAAGAAUUAAAACAACUUUAUCAUCCACAAACAAAACGCCGUCGUAUAAUAACAAACGGAAAUAUGUUAACAUCAACAACAUCAAAUUCUUCAAAAAUACCUGAAAUUACUAUUUCUCAAGCAUCGUCCAUCUUUCUUGAUAAUGGUAACAAAACCAUGGUUUCAAAAGAAAGAAAAUAUCAAACGUUAACGACUGCAGCACUUACAUCACAAAGACAAAUCAACAGUCCGAUUUAUGAUCAUUCCACAUUAUUUUCGGCUGUCAAUAAUCAUGCAUUGUCACCAAUAGGAUCGCCAGUGAAAACGUCCACUUCAGAUUCAUACGCCAGUCGAAACAAUCAGACAUUGGCAUGCAAUGCAGUUAGUCGUGGUUUCGACAAUCAUCUGUUGUCACCAAACGCAAAGUUGUUUAAUACAAGUUACUCGUCUAUCAAUUCACGACGUCUGCCAUAUAUUGAACGUCUUCGUCGUCGAGCUUUAGAAGACUGUGUACGAUUAAACAGAACACUUCUCGAUCCACCAUUAUCAACACCUAUCGUCGAUCAAGAUUUACAUAUAACACCAAAAAUUGAAAAAGAAGCUGGAGUACCACGUGGAGUACAAACUGAAAACUCAACUAGUGAUUUCAAUGGCACAUCAUCAAAACAUCGAGCAUUUCCACCGGUUUCUAUAAGAAACGAGAUUACAUCAAUACCAACAGGAAAAAACAUUACCAGUCAAGCGCAAGUAUCGCAGCCUCAAUUCCCAUCUUUAUCAACUAAUAGUACAAUUACAAUCGAACCCAAAAUACAGUCCAACAAUGCGAAGGUUAUGGGCGAUUUCACGCCAUUCUCAUGGCCAAAAUUUAUUCAUGCACAAGAAGAAUUCGCCAGACAAAAUUCAAAAUUAUGUCAGAGUGAGAUAGAACCCAUUCAAUUUGUUCAAAGUAAAACAACUGUUCACGAACCACAAACUCUACCUGAUACAACUAAAAAGCUGCAGCCCAAUGGAUCAACAAAAGUACAAUCAUCAACAUCAGUACCUACAUCAGCCCGGAUCUCUUCGUUUAAGAUGCCUGUUCCUCAUGAGGUAGGAUGGAAAUGUCCAUCUUGUUCCAUGGAACAUUCAACGCAAACAGCGUCAUGCUCAUUUUGUCAUGCUAUCAAUCCAAAAUAUAAACGGUUAAGUGUGAAGAGCAACGACAAGCCAUCAGUAUCUGUCUCAUCAUCUAUGCUCCAAACUCAACCUGACACAAUAUCAGCUCAAUUGGAUACUAGACAGAGUGAAGCAAACAUAGUACAAACAUCCUCAGCCACAUCUCAACCAAUAGACUCCUCUCCGAAAACAGCUAUCGAAACAUCAAAUACAGCACAAAGUCAAUCAAAUGCAGUUACCUCUUCACUCUCGACUACUUUUUCGGUUCCCAUAUCAGCGACGAAAUUACCAAACAGCGUAACAAGUUCAUCAACAGCAUCUGUCUCAACAGGAACGUUUGCACAACCAAUAUCAUCGGGUGUAACUCCACCAAGUUUGUCCGAAAAACUAUUACAAUUCGGUUCAUCUUCAAAUUUCAAUUUCAACACCAAUCCAUCAAUAAACCUACCUGUGACAACAACAUCGCAGUUAUUUCAACCAAGUAUUAUCAAUUCGUCAGCUACAACUACAGUUCCAUCAACAUCAACUGGAUUUCAUAUUAGUGGUGGUAUAGCUCUACCCACAACAACACAGUCCGUUCCGCCAAAUAUAUCUACCGCAUCAACCACACAGUCUGGAUCGAUCAGCACAUCGCUUACGCAAAGCACAAAUAGUGUUCUCCCUGUCUCAACAACGAUUGUUAGCAGUGUACCAAGUACUACUACAACACAAAAUCCAUCUGCGCAAAUUACUACAGCAACAACAACAACAACAUUUGGUCAGGGAUUUAGCCUUAGUCCAUUUAGUUCAUUUCCAUCGUCAUUAUCGAGCGGUUUUCCAGUCCAAACAGCAAAACCAUCAACAACCAGCACAGUUGCAAAUAUAUCUUCUACAACAACUCCUUUUCUCUUUGGUUCUUCAGCAUCAUCAUUUGUGUCCCCUUUCAGCGGGUUUACUAAUCCUUCUGCAAGUUUUCCAACAACAACUUCACAGGCAAAUGUUUUAACAACAACAACGAUACAGUCUCAACCAUUUCAAUCGAUUGCUUCAACAUCUCUUUCUCCACCAAACACCGUCGUUUCACUUUCUUCAACAACAAUAGCUCAAACACCAGCAUCGUCGACUAGUACUUUUAGUACGUUUGGUGGAAUCGGUUCUGGUACUUUUUCGACUUUUUCGACAACCAUACCAUCAACAAAAACAUCAACAUCAGAUAUUCUAUCAACUACAGCUACAACAGCAGCACCAUUUCUGUUUGGGUCAACGGCAACAUCACAAUCCUCUGAGAAAGAGUCAUUUCCAUUUGGAUCAUCACCAUCAUUGUUUGGAUUUCCGGCAACUUCUUCGCAGACUACAACAUUACAACCAUUUCAACCGAAUAUUUCCAGUUCAUCAACCACUACUACAACAGCUGCUCCAAUACCUGGUUUUGCGUUUAACCCAUCUACUAAUAGCAACAGUAGCAAUGGUACCCAGUCGUCACUAGCCACCUCAACAGCGUUUGGUAUCCCCACUACAUUAAAUUUCAAUUUCGGAGGAACUGCACCUAGUCAGCCAAAUGGAAGCCCAUUCCACUUUGGCGGUCAAGUACCAUUUUCGACUUCGGUAUCGGCGUCGGUAGUAAAUCCGGGUGCUCAGGCAUCUUCUGAAGGUCCAAAUCCGUUUAGUGCCACGGAUCAUUCUACUUUUCUACUCCUUUACAUUCGAAAUCUAUUAUCAAAGAGAAUGGUUAAAGUUCGUAAGAAUAAACCAAAACCAGAAGGAUGGGAAUUAAUUGAACCAACUUUAGAUGAAUUAGAUGCAAAAAUGCGAGAAGCAGAAAUAGCACCACACGAAGGAAAACGCAAAGUGGAAACAUUAUGGCCAAUAUUCAAAAUACAUCAUCAAAAAUCACGUUUUCUGUUCGAUUUAUAUUUUAAACGUAAAGCAAUUAGCAAAGAAUUAUACGAUUAUUGUAUCAAAGAAUCAAUUGCUGAUAAAUCUUUAAUUGCACAAUGGAAAAAACAAGGUUACGAAAAUUUAUGUUGCCUACGUUGUAUACAACCACGUGAUACAAAUUUUGGUAAAAAGUGUGUUUGCCGUGUGCCAAAAGAAAAACUAGAAGAAGGAAAAGUUGUAGAAUGUGUUCAUUGUGGAUGUCGUGGAUGUUCAGUUCAUUCUCUUCUUACUCGGCAUGUUAUUUUUGGUGGUCAUGAUGAUGAUGUUGGAAAGUCAUUUGUAGCAGAAGUAACAUAUCUGUCAAAUAUGGCACCGAUACAUUAUUCAACGCCACGUCCAGUUGUUUUCUCUGGACCAAGCGGUUCUGGUAAGAGUACAUUAAUUACAAAACUAUUCAAAGAAUAUCCAACAGCGUUUGCUUAUAGCAUUUCACAUACAACACGUUCUUCCAGACCUGGUGAACAAAAUGGGAUAGAAUAUCAUUUUGUAACAAGAAAUGAUAUGGAAAGAAUGUUAAUAAAUGAUGAAUUUUUAGAAUCAACCGAAUUUUCUGGUAAUCUCUAUGGAACAAGCAAAAAAUCUGUUGAAGAUGUGGCUAAAACAGGAAAAAUAUGUAUACUGGAUGUUGAUAAACAAGGUGUUAAAAAUAUAAAGAAAACCGAUCUAAAUCCAACGUAUAUUUAUAUUAGUCCACCAAGUUAUGAAGUUCUUGAGAAAAGAUUGCGCGGUCGUCAGACAGAAAAUGAGAGUGCCAUUGUGAAACGUUUACAAGAAGCAAAAGAAGCAAUGGAAUUUAGUAAAGAAUCGGGCGUUUAUCAUCAUAUUGUUGUUAAUGAUAAUCUUGACGUGGCUUAUAAUUUUCUAAAAGAUCUUUUAAUAAAAGAAAUCGAUGAAGUUGUCAAACAUCAAAAUGCUGCCCAUUAA